AUGGCAAGAUUUGGUUUUCGUAUUACUUGGAGGAACUGGAUUAGAUGGUGCUUAUCAAGUACAAGGUUUGCAAUGGAUAUAAAUGGAUCUGCUUCCCCUCUCUUUAGAAGUUCAAAAGGUAUUAAGCAAGGUGACCCAAUGUAUCAUUUUCUUUUUAUGAUGGUGGUUGAAGUGUUAUCUAUUCUAAUCAAAAAGGCAGCUGCUCUAAAGUUAUUAUCUGGUUUCAAGGUUGGGUCUGCUGAACUUGAGAUCAAUCAUUUGCAGUUUGCAGAUGAUCUUAUAGUGUUAUUAGAUGAUGAUAGUGCAGUGGUGGCUGUGGGAAAUGCAGAGCAUGUAGAUGAUAGUGCACUUAUUUUUGGUUAUUCUAUGACUACUUUUCCAAUGAAGUAUUUAGGCAUUCCUUUAGGAAGUACUUCUAAGUCAGUUGGGGUUUGGGAUGUGAUUCUUCAAAAGUUUCAAAAGAAGUUGAGUGUCUGCCAAAGGAAGUAUUUAUCAAAGGGUGGCAGGUUAAUGCUAAUUCAGAAUGUUUUAUGCAGUCUCCCUAUUUAUUAUCUGUCACUUUUUCAGAUGCCUGCUUCUGUUGAGAAGAAAAAAUGGAGAUAA